CUGCUCGGUCUGACACAGAUUUCCAGAGGACGUGCCCUUUUGCAUGGCUCGGACCACUCGCUUGGGUCCGAAGAUAGACUCCGAGCUUGUUGGCUUCCCGUAGAGUGUUCUUUCGAGAGAGAAAGAAUCGGAGUCAUGAGAACGACGGGCCAUGUGAAUGAAGAGCAUGUCCAUCGGCCUACAAUCGCCACGCGUUCUCAGAUGGUCACGUAAUCGGUAAUUGUGACCGACUUAUGUCCAAGUCUCGGAUUUAGGCUCGCACAGACAUCAUCGACCAACACAUCGGCGCUGAUCGUCACGAUGGGCUAUCCCACGGCAGAGAUGGAACCGCUUCUCGAGAGCGUCUCUUCGCUCCUCGUCGACACGGCAUCGACUCUGUCGAUUGCAGAGUCGACUUCGGGCGGCUUGAUCUCGGCGGCGCUCCUCUCGCUCAAUGGGGCUUCAAAAUGGUAUCGAGGCGGAGCGGUCCUCUACACCCUCGAGGCAAGGUCGGAGUUUGCCGGCUGGACCGAGGAAGACACGAGGAAUUACAGAGGACCGACGGAGGAUGUAGCAUCGACGCUGGCUGUCAACGUGCGAGAGAAACUCAAUUCCACCUACACGAUUGGUGAAGCAGGUGUUGCAGGUCCGCAUAGCCUGGUCCGCAGCCUCCCGCCCGGUCUGACAUGCAUCUCAAUCGCGCGAGAGGACGGUCCACCAGUAACAAAGACCAUCAUGACGGGCAGCCGGGAUCGGGCGCUGAACAUGCAGGCAUUUGCCGAGGAAUCAUUGAAGCUCCUCCGAGAUGUCCUCUUGGCCAAAAAGGAAGGCCACAAGCUGUAGUCUUCAGCCUCUGCUCCAAUGUAGUGUAGCCGGAUGCAACACAGCCAGAGGACUGUAUGACGAAAGGGGAACGAGAAGCAUGCUCUGCAAUGUAGUGGAAAGAAUACCCUUGACACACG